GCUGGCGUAGUCGAGUUUUGCGGAAGUGGUAUCAAGGGGAAUGUAGGUCUGCCAACGGGCGAUAGGUUUUUGAAGCGGCACUUGAACAUCAAUAUUAUGGCAGCAGUAAGUAUUCCGCAAAAGAAUCUGGAGGCAUAUGUGGGAUUUGCAAGCCUUCCCAACCAAGUGUACAGAAAAUCUGUGAAACGAGGCUUCGAGUUCACCCUGAUGGUUGUGGGAGAAUCAGGCUUGGGCAAAUCCACGCUGAUAAAUUCUCUGUUUCUGACGGAACUGUACGCUGGAGAGUAUCCUGGACCUUCACAUCGAAUUAAGAAGACAGUUCAGGUGGAGCAGUCCAAAGUGUUGAUGAAGGAGGGAGGUGUCCAGCUUCUGCUGACAAUAGUGGACACACCAGGAUUCGGUGAUGCUGUGGACAACAGCAACUGCUGGCAGCCGGUCAUCGAUCACAUCGACAGUAAAUUUGAGGAUUAUCUGAAUGCGGAGUCACGCGUGAACAGACGGCAGAUGCCGGACAGCAGAGUGCAUUGCUGUUUAUAUUUCAUCGCACCCUCAGGACAUGGACUGAAACCUUUGGACAUUGAAUUCAUGAAAAGGUUGCACGAGAAGGUCAACAUCAUCCCAAUGAUUGCCAAAGCAGAUACCCUCACCCCUGAAGAGUGCCAGCAGUUCAAGAAACAGAUUAUGCGAGAAAUCCUGGAGCACAAGAUCAAAAUCUACGAGUUUCCGGAGACGGAUGAUGAGGAAGAGAACAAGAUUGUGAAAACUAUUAAAGAUCGGUUGCCCCUGGCUGUGGUUGGAAGUAACACUAUCAUCGAGGUGAACGGCAAGAAGGUUCGAGGAAGGCAGUAUCCAUGGGGUGUGGCAGAAGUUGAAAAUGGAGAACACUGUGACUUUACUCUCUUAAGGAACAUGCUCAUCAGGACCCACAUGCAGGACUUAAAGGACGUAACAAAUAAUGUCCAUUAUGAGAACUACAGAAGCAGGAAGUUGGCGGCCGUUACCUGUAACGGAAUUGACAACAACAAAGCCAAAGGCCAGCUCACCAAAAAUGACACGGUUGAUGGCAUGAGCCCUCUUGCACAGAUGGAGGAAGAGAGAAGAGAGCACGUGUCCAAGAUGAAGAAGAUGGAGAUGGAAAUGGAGCAAGUCUUUGAGAUGAAAGUCAAGGAGAAGAUCCAGAAACUAAAAGAUUCAGAAGCAGAGCUGCAACGACGUCACGAGCAGAUGAAAAAGAACCUGGAGGCUCAACAUAAGGAGCUGGAGGAGAGACGGCGUCAGUUUGAGGAUGAGAGAGUGAACUGGGAAACCCAGCAGCGUAUACUGGAGCAGCAGAAACUGACUUUGGAAAAGAAUAAGAAGAAAGGGAAGAUCUUUUAAAAGCAGUUUAAUGACAAGCAGGUUGUUCUCAUUGGCCAAUCCCCCUGACCUGAUAUCUGUGCGGACCUCGGGCAAACUCACCGUCUGUGUUGUGCCGGAGGCCUUCAAGCUGUUCGUGGACUUCCACAAAAGAGUUUACCUUUAUCAAACUCUAGGCAAGCCAAACCCACACCAAUCUAAAAUAUAUAUACUGAAUUUAUUUUGUGUUCUUGAGACGUUUGUUUAUCACUUACCAACUGAUGUCCAGUUAUAUACCAAAACGCUUCUAACUAGAACUGUUUUUUGGUGACUGAAUCGUUUACUCAUAAAUUGAAUAACACUUCCUUAACAGAAGUGUGUUUUCUAAAAAACCUGUGACUGUGUGAACUUUUUUCCCCUUUAAACAUAAACCUUUGAAGAAUCCCAUGUAACGUGGCCAAAUGUUUGUUCAAUGCACAAAUGACAUUUGGAGGGGAUGGGCAAACUAUUAUUUGCUCGUAUGGCUUAUGAUUUACAUUUUUUUUUCUCUCGUUGCAGAAGUGUUCCCAAAAUAUAGUCUUGUUUAUUCAAUAUUCUUUGACCACCUCCUAUAACUUCAUUAAUGUUAUUUCAUUUAUUUUUAUAUAUUAUAUAUAAAAACGUACGCGUACACCAAGACAGCUAACGUAAUAUUUUUUGUAUGUUUAUUGGAAUACUCUGCAGACUGGUGUUUUAAAAUACAUCGACAGCAUGAGAAAUAUUCUUUGAACGGUCAUGUUUAUGCAAGAGCGGUGUCAACAUGUUUGUCUAUAUAACCUCACCUGUGCUGUACAGUAUUUUCAGCGAGGACGAAAUGUGUCCAGAGCGAUGUUUGUUUCUUUUAUGUUCUCCAUAUCUGUAUUUUUAAUUUUAUUUUACAUUUGUAUUGUACAGUCUCUUAAUAAACUUGUGAUGAUACAAGUAGA